GGAGCUGCACCUCGGAUGCCACCCCAGGCUUGUUCCUUCACUCAGCAGAAUGACCUACUUGGGGAAUGUUCUGUCCCUGCUGCUCUGCUUAACCGGAGCGGUGUGUGGAGUUCAGAGGGAGUACUUUAUAGGCAUCAAGGAGGUACAGUGGGAUUAUGCACCAAGUAAAAUGAAUUUGAUUCUCAACCAGUCUUUGAACGAGGAUGAGCACGUUGCCACGUUUCUGCGGCGUGGGGAGGACCGCAUCGGCAGCGUGUACAAGAAGGCCGUUUACCUGCAGUACACCAGCGCCACCUACAGGGAGGAGGUGGAGAAGCCGCAGUGGCUGGGCUUCCUGGGGCCCCUCAUCGCGGCGGAGGAGGGGGACACCGUGGUCAUCCAUCUGAAGAACUUCGCCUCGAGGGCCUACACCCUCCACUCCCACGGCAUGAAGUACACCAAGGACAACGAAGGUGCGUUUUACCCUGACCACACCAGCAGCGGGGACAAAAGGGACGACCACAUUCAGCCUGGAGCGAACUACACGUACGUGUGGGAGAUGACCGCGCCCCACGCGCCCGCCAAGGACGACACCAACUGCCUCACCCGAAUCUACCACUCGCACAUCGACGCCCCCAGGGACGUGUCCUCCGGCCUCAUCGGACCCCUCAUCAUCUGCAGAAAAGGCACGCUGGACGUGUUCGGCGACAGCGCGGCCACAUACCUCUACGCGCUGUUGUUCACGGUGUCCGACGAAAACCUCAGCUGGUACCUGGAUGACAACAUCCAGACGUACUGCUCUGCUCCCGACAAAGUGGACAAAGAAGACGAAGACUUUCAGGAGAGCAACAAGAUGCACUCCAUCAACGGCUACGUGUAUGGGAACCUGCCGGGCCUGACGAUGUGCGUGGGGGACAAGAUCCACUGGCACCUGUUCGGGAUGGGCAACGAGGUGGACGUCCACUCCGCCUUUUUCCACGGGCAGAUCCUGACGGAGAGGAAACACCACGUCGACACGGUCAGCCUCUUCCCGGCGACGUUCGUCAAUGCCGAGAUGGUGCCUGCGAACCCGGGGAAGUGGCUGCUCAGCUGCCAGGUCAACGAUCACAUGGAAGGUGGGAUGCAGGCGUUUUUUGAAGUCAAGAACUGUUUCCCCAAAGUCCACCCUGGCAAACCCCGAGGAACAGUCCGGCAGUACUACAUCGCGGCCGAAGAGGUCAUCUGGGAUUAUGGGCCCAGCCAGAUUAACCAGUUCACAGGAAACCCCUUAAAAUCCGACAGAGAUUCGGAGCCCUUCUUUGAAACUGGGAGCGACAGGAUUGGAGGAAAAUACAAGAAGGCAGUCUACGUGGAGUACACAGACCACAGCUUCACAAAGCGCAAGGAGAGGACCCCCGAGGAAGAGCACUUGGGAAUUCUGGGUCCCGUCAUAAGGUCUGAAGUUGGGGACACCAUCCGGGUGACUUUCUGGAACAACGCCAACCGUCCUUACAGCAUCCAGCCACACGGGGUGCUGUACACUAAAGACAACGAGGGGACUUUGUACAACUCCAUUCCUGGAGGUCACGUGACGCCUUCCUUCGCCGCCCACGUGCUUCCUGGCUCCAACGUGACCUACGAGUGGACGGUUCCUCUGGACAGCGGGCCGGCCGCCGAUGACCCCGACUGCAUCAACUGGCUCUACUUCUCUGGGGUGGACACCGUGAAAGACCCCAGCUCCGGGCUGGUGGGACCGCUCCUGGUCUGCAAGCGCAACACCCUGAAGUCAGGCAAACAGAAAAACAUCGACAAAGAAUUCCAUCUCCUCGCCACCGUGUUUGACGAGAACCUGAGCUGGUAUUUGGAUGAGAACAUUAAGAUGUUUGCCGGAGCUCCUGACACGGUGCAGAAGGAGGACGCGGACUUCGAUGAGUCCAACAAGAUGCACUCAAUCAAUGGAUAUAUGUAUGGCAACCUGAAAGGACUGAAAAUGUGUUUAGGAGACAAGGUGUCCUGGCACCUCUAUGGCCUGGGGUCAGAGGUCGACAUGCACGGUAUAUUUUUCAACGGCAACACCUUCAUUACCAAGGGGACCAGGAGAGACGUUGUUAAUCUCUUUCCACACAUUUCUCAGACUCUCAUCAUGCAGCCUGAUGCCAUAGGGGAGUUCGGCGUGGUCUGCAGGACCACGGACCACUACAGAGGCGGGAUGAAGGAGAAAUACACAGUGGAGAAAUGCAGCUGGUGGAACAGCGGCAAAGACCUCACGUUCUUCUACGACAAAACGUACUACAUCGCGGCCGUGGAGACGGAAUGGGACUAUUCUCCGAACCGCACGUGGGAGGAGGAGAGGCACAUGUUUCACGACGAGAGCCCUGGAAAUACCUUCAUUAACAAGGAGGACAAGUUCAUAGGCUCCAAGUACAAGAAGGUGUUGUACAGGGAAUUCACUGACAGCACCUUCACCACACCCAAGACGAGGGGAGAGGACGAGACGCACCUCGCGAUCCUAGGUCCUAUCAUCCACGCCGAGGUUGGCAACAAGAUAAAAAUUGUGUUCAAAAACAUGGCGGGGAGGAAUUUUUCCAUCCACGCGCACGGAGUGAAGACCGAGAGUCCCAGGAUUAAAGAAACUGCACCGGGUGAGAUCCAGGAGUACACCUGGAUCAUCCCGAAGAAAGGCGGGCCCGCGCCGGGAGAGGCAGAGUGCAGCGUCGCAGCCUACUUCUCCACAGCGGACCUCAUCAAGGACAUGUACAGCGGCCUGAUCGGCCCCAUCGUCGUGUGCCGGAAGGACUUCCUGAGGAAGGUGGGGCUGAAGAAGCAGAUCGAGGAGUUCGUCCUGCUCUUCCUGGUGUUCGACGAGAACGAGUCCUGGUACCUGGAUGAGAACAUCAAGACCUACGUGAAGGAGCCAGCGAAGGCGCGCAAAGACGACGAGGAGUUCAUCGAAAGCAACAAGAUGCACGCAAUGAAUGGCAGGAUAUAUGGAAACGUGGAGGGCCUGACGAUGCACGCGGGAGACCAUGUGUACUGGCACCUGAUGGGAAUGGGCAACGAAGUGGACAUGCACACGGUUCACUUCCACGGGCACAGCUUUGACUACAAGCUGAGCGGCACCCACCGCACGGACGUCUUCGACCUGUUUCCCGCCACCUUCCAGACGGUGGAGAUGAGGCCCGAGUACCUGGGCACCUGGCUGAUCCACUGUCACGUGACCGAUCACAUCCACGCGGGCAUGGAGGCCACCUACACCGUGCUGGAGAAGGGGGAGCCCCGCGGUCCCCUGCAAGGCAUGAAGGACUUGCUAAAGAAACAUUUAGGAUUCAAAUCCCCACUGUAAAUCCCCGAUGUUGCUGUGGUCACUGUAUUAAAAUGUAUUACUUUUAACAUU